CGCAUGCGCGCAGGAAUUCUGCGAGUUGCAGUCCAUAAGGCCAUGAUUCCUCAUUUCUUGUUUACGACCUCCUCCUCCUCCUGAGCCGGUGACGGCCUAGAAAAAGCGCAUCUUCCCGGAAAGGCUCUGCCCAGAUGCAAACGCUUUCCUCCCCGUCCAAAAAGGCGGCUCCGUCUUCCUCGCUGCCGGACGCUGAGGGGAAAGCAUCCGUCCUCGCUCAUUUCCCCGUGUACGUUCCGCGCGUGCGCACUGCCCGCCGCUGCCUCCGCGCGCAAGGCGUUGGGAACUGGGCGGAGUCUAACCGCGAAAAGGGCGGAGCGAAAGGCAGUAUUCCAUCUCAGAUUUUGAGCCACACUGAAGAUAGAAAAUGCCUAAAGGAAAAUGCGUCUUUACUGACAAACUGAAGCAGAAAUAUCCUCAUUUUCGCAAAGGAAGAGAUGAUUAUGAAGCAGAGUGCUUGGUUUGCAAAGCUGGCACAUUUGUGACGGUGGCAUAUAAAGGUGCUGGGGAUCUGGAGUACCACAUGUCCUCUGAAAAGCACAAGAAAGCCCUCGGAGGAGACAGCUGGUCUGCAAAGCUGACCGAAUUUUUGGGGACUCCAGGCACGAAAGCCGAGGAUGCUCUUGCUGCAGCAGACAGAACGUUAUCCGUGCACACCAUCCCAAGUUGCAACAGCUACAAAUCAACAGACCACACGUCUGAGUUGUUGAGAAAAAUAUUUCCUGACGCAGAGAUAGCGCAAAAAUUUUCCAACACCCGGAGCAGGACAGAAAGUCUUGAGAACUCUGUGCUUGCCCAGCAUGCAGUGAGCCUCGACCUGAAGGCCCUGGAGGAACACGGCAUCCCUUUCUGCGGGGUGGCUAUAGAUGACAGCAGCCACAGGGCCCUGAAAAUGGUCCCUGUCCUCAUCCAAUUAUGACUACAGGAACGGCGGCUUGAAGACCAAACUCCUGGAACUUCAGGAAAGUCCCACCGAGAUGGACAUUUCGGACUCUCUUGUCAAAGCUCUUAAGAAACACAGAUUGCUUCAGAAGUGCGUGGCCUUCGCGGGGGACAACUGCAACACCAUGUUUGGUGAACUUCGGCAAGACGAGGAGGCGAGGACUGUGUUGGCCAAGCUGAAGAAAUCCCUCCAGAGAGAGACGUUGAUUGGGGUGUACUGCCCUGCCCACAUUCUGCACAACUGCAUCCACCACGGAGCAGACGCCCUGGAGGUGGACGUUGAGAACAUCAUCCUAAAGAUCUACCAGUACUUCCACAUCUACGCGGUGCGGACGGAGCCCCUGCACGAAUACUGCGAGUUUGUGGAGGUGGAAUACAAGCGGCUGCUCUCCCACAGCAGGACCCGCUGGCUGUCCUUGUUCCCCGGCAUCACGAAGCUGCUCCAGAUGCACUCGGCCCUGAAGUCCUUCUUCUUGGGCCAGAGCAACCCGCCCGCCGUGCUCAAGAGCUUCUUCGAGCACGAGUUCGGCGAGCUCUACCUCUGGCACAUGCACUCGCUGAUGAACGCCUUCCAUUUGCACAUCGAAGAGAUGGAGCGGGAAAAUAACUCCCUGGUGGAGGUGAUGAAGACGCUGGACUCCGUGCACACCAUCCUGCUUGACCGUAGAGCCCAGAACUUCAUGUCAUUGACGGUGAAGGGGAUGCUUGCAGACAAGCGCAAGGAGGGGCUGGAGGCGGGAUGCGACGCCUUCUCCGAUGCCGUGCGUCGCCUCUACAGUAACUGCAUCGACUACCUGGAGAUGUGGAUGGCGUCCCUGCAAGAGUUUUCCUGCUUCGCCUGGAUGGCCCUGAGUGACACACCGAACUGGAGUGAUGUGGAAACGUGUAUAAUGUACUUACAUGUAAAGGGUCUGGAAAUUGACAGUAUGAAGUGCUUCAUUCAGUUCAACAACCUGAAAAAAUUUGUGGAAGCUUCCAGCAAUGAAGAAGAGUUCCAGCAUCUGCUUUCACAUGAAAAAUGGACCAAAUAUUUUCUGAAUGUCAAAGCCAUUGAAUACUGUUCAGAACUGUUAAAAAUUGCGCAGUUUUUCUUUGCAGUUCCCUCCCGCAGUGUAGAUAUGGACCGCUUCUUUUCUCUGAUGCACCUAGUAUAAUUAAAGGAUGUGCCUGAAAAGUUGUUGCCCUUGCAGUACGACUUCCAAAGAAUUCCAUGCGUGAUUGGUUUAGUAUUGCAGUAAUAGUCAAUUCACAUGCAUAUAGUAGGAAGAAAGAGAAGGGACUGAGAAAUGUUCUUCUUUUUACUUUUUUGGUUGCAUUUUACAGCGGUUUAGUUCCUCACCAGUAUCAAAAGUUCACUUUCAAUAAUAUUUUACAAACCUUAAAAAUUACAAAUAUAUACGUAUAAAGGGAGGAGAAAAAAAAACCCUUCAUUUUAAACAAGCCACAAAAUUACAUUAAAGCUUUCAUUCAGUUAUAUAUAUCACACCAAUAAAAAUCCAAUUAACUCCAAUUAGCUCAUUUUGAUUUAAAUCUCUCCCUCAAAUUUAUCCUCAUAGAGUAAAAAUGUUUUUUUUUUUUUAUUUUAAAAUUUGAUCAAUAAUAUUUUACAAACUUUUGGAAUUUUUCAACGUUACAUAGGACGGAAAACAUGCGGUUACAAAUGUACUUUAUAAAUACAAAACUGCCCUAGAACUUUCUUUCAAUACAUGUAUCAAACUUAUAAAAAUCCAUCCUAACUAAGUCAUUAAAUUUAAGUUACUCCCUGCAGCUUAUCUUCAUAGAAUAAAGUCUUUUUCUUCUCAGGAAUGUCUGUCAAAUCUCUUUUCUUCCAGAAAUUCUCAGCCAUGUUAAUAUCCAUGGGGGAAAAAAAUCCCAGAGUUGCUCUGUUAAAAGUUGUAAAUUAAAUUGGAGCAUUUCCUCGCAGAAUAAAAUCUUCUUCUCUGA